UGGCUCAUUGCCAUCUGGCCAUCAACACAGUCCACUGAUCUGUGGGGGGAGGUAAAAAAAUUAUGUAUUAAGGAAAGAAUGGGACAUUUGGAAUGCCAUGUUGAUCAACCAGUGGUCAGAAGAUAUCCCAUGAAACCGAAGUUGUGUAGAAUAAUUUCUAUUUUCCACUUCCACUAUCCCAUCUGGACACGAGACGAUUCAGAAAAUAUUCGGUAGAAAAGGCUUCGUAACAAAAUGUGCAGACCUGUGGAAACUUGCUUUGUCUUGGUUAUUGCUUGUCUGAGAUUCAUUUCACCGCUGGGAACAAAAUCAGAGUUACUACCAGAGGGGCAAACAUAUAACGAAAAUGUCUCAUGUCCUCGAAUGUGCACCUGCAUUUUUGAUGACUACAGUGAAGAAUUGAAUGUCUAUUGCAGUUCUCAUAAUCUUACCAGCAUUCCCAAAGAUGUACCGUUUAACACCAAAACCAUUUGGUUUGAUUGCAACAACUUCACAGUUCUUCCAUCCCAUAUGUUCAGAAACAUGUCAAAUCUGGACUUCCUGAACCUGGAGAAAGGCCAUAUCGUCACCAUCGAGCCACAUGCCUUCUACGGCCUGAACCAUCUAGUUCACCUCCAUUUAGAAAGGAACAAACUGAAAAGUCUGGCACCGAAUGUGUUUUUUCACACUCCGUUUCUUGGCUCGCUUAGUCUGAACAACAACAAUUUUGGCAAAAUCGAGGAAGCAUUAUUUUCUGUCCUCGCCCAUCUCUGGUACCUGAAUCUGGGUUGGAAUAACAUUGCUGUGCUGCCCACGGCAAGCUUUCAUAACUUGUCCAAGUUAAAGGAGCUUAUUUUGGCCGGAAAUAGGUUGAUUUACCUGCAGCCACAACUUUUUAGCAGCUUGACAGAACUGAAGGAACUUGACCUGUCUGGAAACUUGCUGAGGAUCAUAAAGAGGAACAUCUUUGUGAAACUGCUAAAGCUUCAGAAACUUUAUUUGAGCUACAAUCAAAUCAGCACCAUCGUGCCCAGAGCUUUCAUGGGGAUGAAAUCUCUCAGGUGGUUGGACUUGUCCCACAAUCGCAUUGCCAUAUUACACGAAGAAACAUUCUCUGGGCUCCUAAACCUCCAUGUGCUUCGAAUGCUCAACAAUUCCAUCACAGGCUUAAAGCACAGGACAUUCAAAGAACUCCAGUUUCUGCAGGAACUCCAAUUUGGCUCCAACAAGAUCAAAAGCCUUCCUGAAAAUAUAUUUGAUGGCCUGGUCCAUUUGGAGAUCCUCACACUGAAUAACAAUCAGAUACAGGAGAUUAAACCAGGGGCAUUUGUUGGUCUUUGCGAUGUAGCUGUACUGAAUCUAUCGAGCAACUCUCUAAGGAGCUUACCAGAAUAUACCUUUAAAGGUCUGCCUAAUCUUCAUAGCUUACAUUUAGAAAAUAAUGCAAUCACUAGAAUUCAACCAAACACAUUUUCUGGAUUGAUCAGCCUUCGAAGACUCUUCUUGCAAAAGAAUCAUAUUUCAGUUAUUGAUAACCGGAGCCUCAGUGAUCUACGAGAGCUUUUGGAACUGGAUUUCAGGUACAAUAAACUGAUACAGCUCUCCCCCCAUGCGUUUACAGGAAUAUCAAAGCUGGAAUAUCUUCUGUUAAAGAGCAAUAAACUUGCACACAUUCCCGACGUCAUCUUUCAGCCCCUCCAGCAACUCUCCUGGCUUGAUUUAUCGGAAAACUUUAUUGAGUUUUUCUCCAAUCAUACUUUUAAGCCUCUGACCAGGUUAAAAUACCUGAACCUCAAGAGCAAUUCUCUAAGGAAUUUCUCCGACCAAUUUUUGAAACAGUCAUCAGAACUCGAACAGUUGCUACUGGAUGGAAACAAGUGGCAUUGCGACUGCUUGCUGAAGUUUCUCAGGGAUUACUGUUUGGAGAACCCCCAUGUGGUACCCCGCUACUUUGAAUCAACCAUAGAAAAAGAUGAAAGUCAUACAACGGUGUAUGCAUACAAUAACAUCUCAUGUGCAAGCCCGCAAGCUAUUGCUAGUACAGACCUGAGAGACAUCAGUGAGGACUAUUUUGUUAACUGCUAACGUUAAGUGCACUAUGUGAGCCUGCCUACAAUUAUUACACAUAUUAUUCAAAUAGCUGUAUCUCUCACAAGCACAUACUAUAUACUACUACAACAACAAUAAAUAAAAUAUUA